GUUGAUUUUCUGUCAUUUGAAACAGCAUUGUGUGAUAUAUGUGAGACUUUAGAUUGAACAAGGAGCAACAGCAAAUGCAAGAAAAAUUCAGCAGAGUUAACACCUUUGUGUGAAGUAUUUGAAUUUUGACCGACGCAAAAAAGACAAACAACAAGAUGAGGUCAAAUCGUGAUGAGGAACUGCCAGAGGACUUCUGGAUUCCUGUCCCUCUGGACACCAACAACCUCACGUCACUUAGCCCUUUCUUGGUUCCUCAGGACCACUUGGGGAACACGGGCACCUUUUACGCCAUGGCAGCAUUCAUGUUUUUCUUAUUUGUGGUGGGCACAAGCAUCAAUUUCCUGACCAUUGUGUGCACUGCCCAGUAUAAGAAACUCCGGUCGCACCUCAACUACAUCCUGGUGAAUCUGGCCGUGGCCAACCUUCUUGUCUCCUGUGUGGGUUCCUUUACAGCCUUCUGCUCAUUCUCCUCCAGAUAUUUUCUCUUUGGGCCACUAGCAUGCAAGAUUGAAGGAUUUCUGGCUACUCUUGGUGGUAUGGUGAGCCUAUGGUCUCUUGCAGUAAUAGCUUUUGAAAGAUGGUUGGUCAUCUGCAAACCACUUGGAAACUUUGCCUUCAAGCCUGACCAUGCUUUAGCCUGCUGUGCAUUCACUUGGGUCUUUAGUUUGAUUGCCUCUGUUCCACCACUGGUUGGAUGGAGUAGGUAUAUCCCAGAAGGCCUGCAGUGCUCCUGUGGACCGGACUGGUACACCACUGACAACAAAUACAACAAUGAGUCCUACGUGAUGUUCCUCUUCUGCUUCUGCUUUGCUGUUCCCUUUGCCACUAUACUCUUCUGCUACGGCCAGCUGCUCAUUACACUCAAAAUGGCAGCAAAGGCCCAGGCUGACUCUGCCUCCACCCAGAAGGCAGAGAGGGAGGUGACCAGGAUGGUGGUGGUCAUGGUGAUGGGCUUCCUGGUGUGCUGGAUGCCGUACACCUCCUUCGCUCUUUGGGUUGUGAACAACCGCGGACAGACCUUCGAUCUGAGAAUGGCCACCAUACCCUCGUGCUUUUCAAAGGCGUCCACAGUCUACAACCCAGUUAUCUACGUGCUCCUCAAUAAACAGUUCCGCUCCUGCAUGCUGAAGAUGUUGGGAAUGGGUGGAGGAGACGACGAGGAGUCAUCAGCCAGUCAAGUAACUGAAGUCUCCAAAGUCGGACCUGCUUAGAUUGGACUAAUUCUUUUUCAAUUGUAAAUACCAUUUAAUGCACAUGAGAGCCGUUUGUCAUAUUGUAAAAUAUAUAUGGAAUGAUGUAAUUCUAAUGAGAAAAACAUAACCAGUGUGCAAGAUGAAAAAUAACAAAAAAAAAUCAAAUACAUUGUUGGCAAAACUG